AUGUCUUAAAAAUUAUAGAGUGUUAAUACAAAAGUAUCACAUCUUGAUAAUUUUAAAUAAAUAUAAUCCUUAAAGCAUCACAGAUCACAUAAUAAUUUAUAAAAGCACAAUAGAGCUGAAAGUGAAACACUUUUCUUUUAGAAUAAUUAAUUAAAAAGUUCAAUGAGUUCUUUGAACUAGGAUUUAUAACUUUAAAAAAAUAAGUUCUCUUAGCUUGAAGUAAUAAUUUAUUUUAAUAUUAGAGAUUUUCAAUGUUAUAAGGAACAAUUGAUAAUAAUAAAACAUUUAUAACUAUGCUUAAGGAAAAACUAAAAAAACUGGAAUUAGAUUUAUUUGAUAAAAUAAAGGAAAUAGAAGCUUUAAAAAAAAUGAGUCUUAUAACUAAAUAUUAAGAAUUAUAAGUAUUUCUAUUUAACAUUUAUAAUUAGGUUGAAUUAUAUAAUUAUUAAUAAUUAGUAUUAAUAUAAAAAUAAGAAAUUAUUUAAUUAAAAGAAUAAAUAAGAGACUAAUAAUAAUUAACCAUUGAAGAUCUAUAUCAAUUACAAUAGAAGACAAUUUAAAAUUUGUUAAUAUAAAAUCAUGAAUAUUCAAGUGAAAAUGCAAAAUAUAAAACAGAGAAAUAUUUUUAUAUAUCUUAAAUAGAAUCACUUAAGGUUAGAUUGAGUAUUAAGGAAAAAGAGAUUUAAAAAUUAAAUAAUUAAAUUAAAUAGUUUGAAAAUUUAAUAAAGAAUAAUUGUUAUAUACAAAAAUCUAGAUAAUAAAUAUUUAAAGAAUCUGUUGAAAAUGCCCAUUUAUCAGAGAGAUUAUAACAAUUAUAAAUGAAAUAUUAAGAUGAUAUUAAUAAUAAACAAUAAUAAAUAGAUGAUUUAAAAUAAUAAUUAAUUUAAAAUGAAGAGGAGAAGAAUAGAUUAGAGUAUAUACAAUUAGAUUAAUAAGAUCGAAGAAGUUCUUUGAUGGAAAUGGAAUAAAAAUAAUAAAAUUCAAUUAAAAACUUUUUGAAUGAUUCAGAUUAAUCUUAAUAAAAUAAAUAAAAUUGUUUAUAAUCAAAAUAAUAAUAUUAAAAGUAAAAUAUUCAAUAGAUUGAUAUUACUAAAAUACAAAAAAAUUUGGAUAUGAUUGAUAUUAUGGAUUCAAAUUUAGAUGAUAGAGAUAAAUAUGUAUAAACAAGUAGUAGAAAAGAAAGAAAGAUAAUUAGAGUCAAUUUUUAUGAUGUUUAAAAAUUUGGAUUCGAAAUUAGAUUUAAAUUAUUAAGUAGAGAAAUAUCUCUUUAAAAUAUUGAUGAUCUUUUUAGCAGAUAUGAUUCUUAAAUAAAAAUUCAUGAAUUGCUUGAUAUGUUAUUAUAAGAACCAUUUAAAAUAUAAAGUUAUGAACAAAGAAAAUUGAUAGCUAGAUAUUUAAUUGAAGAUAAUAAUGAAGAUUAUAUUAUAUAUGAUGCAUUAAAUAGUAAUGAAACAUCAAUAGUUUUGAGUAUUUUUAAAUAAUUGAUUGGAAAGUAUGAACUUUUUACAAAACAUGAAAUAUAUUAGAUUGAAAAUGAAUUGA